GUCACACCCGAGUAUAGUGCAAUAAUGGCGUUGAAUAGGUAGGAGCUAGCACUCAAUUAAUUUAUAAUUAAUGAAUUAUCUGUUGCAGUGUUUAGAAAUUUCUUAUCGCAGAAUGUAACAAUCGGAAAAAAUGUUUCGGGGAAAAGGAUGGUUUUCAGGGAAUCUGUGGAAACCCAAAAAUCCGCACUCCAUAGAACAUUUAAAGUACUUGUAUCAUUUGUUCUCCAAAAACCAGGUUGUAACUGAACAGAACAAAGAUUUACUUGUGGAGACGUUAAGAUCUAUUGCUGAAAUAUUGAUUUGGGGUGACCAGAAUGACAGCACCGUCUUUGACUUUUUCCUGGAGAAGAACAUGCUAUCUUUCUUUUUACAAAUCAUGAAACAGAAAUGUGGGCGAUACGUAUGUAUACAGCUUCUACAAACACUGAAUAUUUUGUUUUUGAACAUCCGUAAUGAAACAUCUCUCUAUUAUCUUCUAUCAAAUAACCAUAUUAAUUCCAUAAUAGUCCACAAGUUUGAUUUCUCUGAUGAAGAGGUGAUGGCGUAUUACAUAUCGUUUUUAAAAACCCUAUCUCUGAAGUUGAACACCCAUACUAUUAACUUCUUCUACAAUGAGCAUACCAAUGAUUUUCCAUUGUAUACCGAAGCAAUCAAAUUCUUUAAUCAUAGUGAAAGUAUGGUGUGCAUUGCUGUUCGAACAAUCACACUAAAUGUAUUCAAAGUUCAAGACAAAGCUAUGUUGAAGUUCAUCCGUGACAAAACUGCUGCUCCGUACUUCUCCAACCUGGUGUGGUUUAUAGGAAGCCAUGUGCUAGAACUUGACAUUUGUGUCAGGAGGGAACCAGAGCACCAGAGUCGACUUCCAGAUUUUGUUGCAGAACACCUUGACCAUUUGCACUACCUCAAUGACAUCUUAUGUCUUCAGAUAGAUGAUAUGAAUGAUGUUCUCUCAAACCACUUUCUUAACCGGUUAUUGGUUCCGUUAUAUGUUUACUCUCUCACAAACAGAGGCCAACAUUCCCAAAUAGAGGAUGACAGACCCCACAUUAGUACUGUUGUAUCCUUGUUUUUAUUGUCUCAAGUGUUCCUUAUCAUCUCACAUCAGCCAUUAGUCAGACAAUUGGCAAACAUCAUUUUGAAUAAAGACAUGAAAAUAUUUUCUAGCAAACCUAGAGAUCAAGUGAUGGCUCAUGGGAGUGACACCAGCACUGAACCAGAGUUUGUGGCUCCACAGGAGGCACUAGAGAAUCUUUUAGAAAAUGAGAUGGGUGCCAAGACUACAAUAAUUAAGGAGUCAAGUUCUGUUUCUCUGGACGACCAGACUGUAGAAGCCACCGAAGAAGUUGUGUCACGUCCUUCCUCCCAACAUUUCCUCUCAGAAUGUUCUGGAAAUAAUGACACAAACAACAAAGAUCAAAAAUGUUUAGAAG